AUGGAAAGAAAAGAUAUUGUGGUUGAAAACUGGCUCUACAGCCUUCUCAUAUACUAUCUGUGUGAUUUCGGAGAGCUCGACGAGGUGGUGCGACUGAUGCGUGCGCGGGUCGCCCAAGGCCAUGACAUGUCAUUGAGUCUGUGGUCAUACGUACUGGAUGUUGCUAGCGCCUCUGUCCAUCAUGAGGCUACGCAUUACGUGUGGCGGCAGAUGGUGGAGUUGGGAUAUCUCCAUCCGUCUUGUGAGGUCUGCAGGAACGUUCUGCGCGUGGCUGCUGCCACCGGAGAUACUACGCUGGGUACCUCAGUUAUCCGGUUCCUCGUCGAGAAUGAUAUAUCACUCGGAUUGGAGGACUACGAGAUACUGGCCGAAACCCACGUCGCGGCGGGGGAUGUGUACUCUGGGUUUGAAGUGCUCUGCAAAAUGCACAAGGCCGGCAUCGCGUUAGAGAAGAGCUCGACCGCAGCGCUUCUCAAACACAUGAUCUAUUCCAAAAUCAGCCCGCAGACGGCCUGGACCUACCUCAAGGAAUUGAAGGCGGCGCGAUACGAGAUCCCUCUGCGUUGCGCCCAGGUGGUGAUCGCGUUGUAUGAGCACGAAGCUCUCGGCAAUCCCGCCAUCGUCGACGACGGGGUCGAGUUUUACAAACAGCUCUAUGCUCUGUGUCCGGAGAAAGCCGAUGUCUCAGUCUACAACUCGCUCAUUGGGAUGUGCCGACGGGCGAAGAAUACGGAUGCGGGGAUGUUUGUGGUGACGGAAAUGGCAACGUUGGGCGUCGUACCGGAUGCCGCGACCUUUGAGCAUCUCAUCUUGAUGUGCCUUGGGGCGGAUAAUUCGCAAUCCGCGUAUUUCUACCUUCAGGAUAUGCUGGCGCGAGGCUGCCAUCCCAGUGAAGACGCCCGGGUGCAAAUCCGGGCGCUAUGUGCCGGACUGGAUGACGAAUACGCCGUACGAUUGAGGCGUCAUCCUGAAGUGAGAGAAGAGGCAGGUCGUGGGGAUCCCCAACACACGUCCGGACCGCCGUUCAGCCCGGGACAUUCUGAACGUCGGCGACUAACCAAGGAGGAACGGCGCGCGGCCAGCAAGGAGCGACGGAAGGAGAAGCGACGAAGAUUGGCCAUUCAAAGGACGCGGGAGGAGGAAGGAUGGGAAGACUAUGAGCCUGGGGGACUGAUUCCUGAGGACCAGCUGAGCUGA